AUGGGUUAUAAAUUCCUUAAACUUGCUUCUUCGCCCUUCCGGAGUAGCAACUUAAGGAUUGCCGUCAGACAGUACUCUUCUGCACAUGAGGCUGAUGUUGUAGUGAUUGGAUCGGGCCCUGGCGGUUAUGUAGCUGCUAUAAAAGCUGCACAGUUAGGAUUCAAGACUAUUUCAGUGGAGAAAGAUCCCACCCUUGGUGGUACUUGUUUGAAUGUAGGAUGUAUCCCAUCAAAGGCUUUGUUGCACAACUCUCAUCUGUACCAUAUGGCUCAACACGACUUCAAACAUCGAGGAAUCGAAACUGGCAAUGUGACCUAUAACUUUGAUACUAUGAUGUCAUACAAGUCAAAUGCUGUGAAAGCUUUGACUGGUGGUAUUGCUAUGCUCUUCAAUAAAAAUAAGGUGAAAUUAGUACGCGGAGUGGGUUCAAUAACUGCCCCAAACAAGGUGGAAGUAAAGGGUGAGAAAGGAGUGGAGACGAUAAACGCUAAGAACAUUAUCAUUGCAACUGGUUCUGAAGUUACACCGUUCCCUGGUGUUACUUUUGACGAACAGCAAAUCAUCACAUCGACCGGUGCACUCUCACUAUCAAAGGUUCCGAAAAAGAUGUUGGUUAUUGGGGCUGGUGUGAUUGGUCUAGAGUUAGGCUCUGUAUACCAGAGGCUUGGCUCUGACGUCACUGCUAUUGAGUUUCUUGAUAGCAUUGGAGGAGUUGGUAUUGACGGAGAGGUCUCCAAGACCUUACAGAAGAUCCUUGCCAAGCAAGGCAUGAAGUUCAAGUUGGGCACCAAAGUGACUGCUGUCAAGAAGGAGGGUGGCGGCGUUAAGGUUGAUGUGGAAGCAGCUAAGGGUGGCAACAAGGAGACAAUGAACUGCGACGUAGUCUUGAUCUCCAUCGGUCGUCGUCCAUUCACAAAGGAUCUUGGGUUGGACAAAGUUGGCAUCGCUUUGGAUGACCGCGGUCGGGUGCCAGUCAACAACAAGUUCCAAACCACUGUACCUGGUAUCUUUGCUAUUGGUGACGUCAUCCAUGGCCCAAUGUUAGCACACAAAGCUGAAGACGAAGGUAUUGUGUGCGUCGAGGGAAUUAAGGGUAUGCCGGUGCAUUUCAACUACGAUGCCAUUCCGUCAGUCAUUUACACAUCACCAGAGGUCGGCUGGGUCGGCAAGUCAGAGGAGGAUCUUAAAAAAGAGGGCAAAGCGUACAAAGUAGGCAAAUUCCCGUUCUUGGCGAAUUCGCGUGCGAAGACCAACGGCGAACCGGACGGUUUCGUCAAAGUACUAGCGGACAAGGCAACUGACGUCAUACUCGGAACACAUAUCAUUGGACCGGGAGGCGGUGAACUGAUCAACGAGGCUGUGCUUGCGCAGGAAUACGGUGCUGCUGCUGAAGAUGUAGCGAGAGUGUGCCAUGCGCAUCCCACAUGCGCCGAGGCCCUAAGAGAAGCGAAUUUGGCCGCGUACAUCGGUAAACCUAUCAACUUUUAA